CCGCUCAGCAUCACUUAAUCACGCCCCUGCGGACUGUCCCGGCAAGGAAAAGGAAUCUCAGUCUCCAGGAUUUUAUCUGCCAUGCAAAUAUAAGCGGAGUUACUUAGCGAUGUAACUGUGAACAUAUUUAGAAGACUAACCCAGACGCUUUAUUUUUUUUCUUUGCAUCUUGAUCAUAUUAAUUUUGGAUUAUGGUUAACAUUAAGUUAUCUGUCCGCGUCCAAAUUGGACUCGAGUUCUUUGAGUUUCUGAAGGAGAGCGAUCGAGCGUCCAUCACUGAUAGAUUAGAGCUAAGAGAUAUUUACAACACCGAGUUCAGAAGCAGGAAUGUAGAAGGAAGCAGAGAUCCAAACUUCGGCUCAGUCCUCUAUGCCCUGAAGACGUCCAACAAAAUAACAAGACGAAGGGACACUAUUCGCUUGAACUCCACGGUCAGAGAUCUUUUUCUGGACCAGUGGACUUCACCGAGGGGACCUAGGCCAAAACCAGUCCAGAAUGGAGCUGCCAGUCCCGGGACAGUUCAGAACUUAACCUCUGGAGAUCGGGCAGAGACUGGAGUUAGAGCCCGAAGGCAACUUGCCAGCCUUCUGAUGGGCAAAUUAAAGGCAGACAGGGCUCAGUUCAUCUCUGACAAACACGGAAUCCGCAUCGACUCGGACCAUCUGUUUGAGAACGGGAAACUUCGAUUGCGCACGGAUGGCACAUGUGAGUCUGUGAUAAAUCUGAACGUGGAAAACACAGGAACAGAACCUGUGUAUUUCACCUACUACACCCCACUGCACUGGCUCAGGAACUUCAUCCUGAGGGACGAGCAGAACGUGACCAAGACAAACCCUCUGUGUCUACAACCAGGCGCCAGGUAUGAAAUCCAGGUUCACUUCCAGUGCAGUUUGGUUGGUUUCUAUCCAGCUACUCUGGCCUUCGAAUUUAAACCAGACCUGCAGGCUGCUGCCUUCCACAUUGUGCGCUUCAUUGAGGCUCAGUGUAUAACUGAGCUAGGACUGGAGCUGGCACCUGUGGCGCCCUACAAACCUCGCUCCCUCCCUGCCUGGACUCCUGAAGGAAACUUCACGAUUGAGGAUGGCCAGCGACCUGAAGGGCUGUCAGUGAUGCAGCUACAAAAUGUUAUUGAGCUAAAGCUGUAUAGAGUACCAGCAUACAUUAACGAGCUCAUCCAGUCACUGCAGGAGCCUACAUGCUGCUACAGUCCAAGACUGACCGUGCUGAAAAGACCCCUGAGCUGGGAGAACUACACUGAGAAGUUUCAGCUGAUGUUGUAUCUGGAGGAGCUUCAGAUGGAGGUGGACAUCAAGAGAUACAACAUCCCCAACAGUGACAAAGAAUACGCCGUCAUGACCAGAGACCGGUUCAACAAGAAACUUCUCGUUCUAGAGGUGCCUGGUGUGUCUGAGAACCGCCCAUCAGUGCUACGGGGGGAUUCACUGCUGGCGUAUCCUGCAGGACAGAACAGUGUGAAGUACCGCGGCUACGUCCACAGUGUGAAUCGGGACAGUGUUAAACUCGGCUUCAGCUCUAAAUUGCUGGAUCGCUUUGUAGAUAACAUGAAGUUCCACGUCGAGUUCGUUGUCAACCGUAUGACUGUGCGUGUUCAGCACAGAGCAGCUGAGCUGGCACCUGUAUUCAAACUGAGAGAGGUGUUGUUCCCUGCUGCACCUGCUGACUCCUUUCAGCAGCCGACACUUCCCCAACUCAGGCUGUUUGAUGCAAAGCUGGAGGGUAACCCACAACAGUAUCAGGCUGUUCAACACAUUGUUGCUGGCUCAUCCAAACCUGCCCCUUACCUGGUGUUUGGCCCACCUGGAACUGGCAAAACUGUGACUCUAGUGGAGGCCAUCAAGCAGAUCGAGAAGACCCAAACCUCCUGCCACAUCCUGGCCUGUGCUCCCUCCAACAGCGCUGCUGAUCUGCUCUGCAAGAAGAUUCUGGAUCAUGUGGAUGAGCAUAAAGUAUUCCGCAUGUACGCCAGCAGCCGGGACCCAAAUUAUGUCCCUGAUGAACUAAAGACAUGCUCUAACCUGGUAGGGGAGUGCUACCUUUUCCCUGCUAAAGAGAAGCUGAUGGAGUAUAGGAUCAUGGUCACCACCCUGUUAACCGCUGGAAGGCUGGUCACUGGAGACAUUCCUGAUGGACAUUUCACGCACGUGUUUUUGGACGAGGCAGGACAUGCUGUGGAAACUGAAUGUUUGGUCCCACUGGCAGGGCUGCUCGAUGCAGAGUCCGGUCAGGUUGUUCUGGCUGGAGACCCCAAGCAGCUUGGACCGAUUCUCAGAUCCCCUUAUGCAAUAAAAUAUGGCAUGGGAGUGUCCCUCUUGCAGCGCCUGAUGAAUGACCCUCUGUACGGGAAGGAUGAUGGCGUGUACAACAAUCGCUUUGUCACCAAACUGCUGCUUAACUACAGGUCCCAUCCUGCCAUUCUUAAGGUUCCCAAUGAGCGAUUCUAUGACGGAGAGCUGCAGUGUUGUGCGGAUGAAUAUGCACGUAACCUGUACUGCGGAUGGAGACACCUCAAGAAGCAGGGCUUCCCGGUGAUCUUCCGAGGCGUGACUGGUAUUGAUGAGCGUGAGGCCAGCAGUCCUUCAUUCUUCAACAUAGCAGAGGUGGAGGUGCUGAUGGAGUAUGUGAGGAAACUGCUGGAGUCUGAUGGCAAGAAGGGCCUGUCUAAGAUCUCUACCAGGGACAUAGGCAUCAUCGCCCCCUACAGGAAACAGGUGCAGAAAAUCCGCAAAGCCCUGGAAAAAGUUGGGAGAGACUUUAAAUUUAAGGACAUGAACUACCUAAAGGUUGGUUCGGUGGAGGAGUUCCAAGGUCAGGAGAGGAGAGUGAUCAUGGUGUCCACAGUUCGGAGCAGCCCCGACUACAUGGAGUACGACAAACACUUCAGCCUCGGCUUUGUCAAGAACGAGAAGAGAUUCAAUGUGGCCGUGACUCGAGCCAAAGCCCUGCUGAUCGUGGUGGGAAACCCCAGAUUGUUGAACCAAGAUGAAACCUGGGGAGAGUUCAUCAAUUACUGUCGAGACCAAGGAGGCUACGAUGGUGAUGAGUAUGUAGAGGAAGAGGAGGACGUGGUGGAGAGACUUGCCAACCUCUACAUCAGCAUUGACGUUCAAGUGGAGACUGCAGAGAGCACUGUUCAGCAGCUCCUGGACCCCGAGUGGAGGAACGAUCUGUGAGGGAAAGAAGGGCACAAACUUCUACGCUGACAACAAAGUUUCUACAUGUUCACAAAUUCUAAAUAUAAGGCUUAAAGUCACCUAUCUUGUUAGCAUCAGGUUAUAGUCUUUUUUAAAUGGCUGCUAGAUGAACUAGACCAAAGACUCAGGGGAGCUGAUUCAUGUUUGGAGCAGAGAGUUUGUCUUUGGCUUCCUCAGUAGAUUGCACUUUACUGACACUGGACUUGCUGCGAAUGUUCCUCCUACCUGGCUAAAGUGUUGUUGUGAAAAUUAAUUUAAGACACAAACAUUUUAUUCUCAGGGUUUGUUAUUAAUUAACUUUUCAACUUUGCUCAAGCAUCGCUGCUCUUUUAGGAUCAUGAAGUUUUAGGAUUCAUAGAUUAAUUUAACCAUCUGUUCAGCAGGGGUCCGUCCAUAUCUGUAUGUCCCUGCAACCAACCUAUUUUCAAAUGACUAUCUUGCAUUAAAUGUUUUUAAAUUAUUAACCAAAUUAAAAAUGUUUCAUGUCUAUUUGGAACUGUUUUGUAUUUU